GAUGGAGAAUGAAUCCAACUGCAAGAGAGCCACAGGUGGUGGUGGCAGAGGUGGCGGCGGCGGCCGAGGGAAAAGGGGAGGGGAAUUUCCUUACACCGCCACCAUCCGUACAAAAGGCGUAGGGAGCUCCCCCAGGAGAGGGAGAGAGCGAGCGGAGCGCGCAAGCAAAACCUCCCUCGUAGCCCAGGGGAUGGACCCACCCGCACGCGCGCGGGCGAAAUGAAGGCGGAGGAGGCGGAGGCGCCGCUGCGGCGCCUCCAUCAUCACCGUCUCCGCAGCAGGCCUGCGCGGGCCCCACAGGCCUCUCCGAGCCUCAGUGAGUCCGCUGCGCAACGGCGGAGAUCCCACCCCCGCGCCGCUCCGACCCAAGAUGGCGGCCGGCGGCCACCGCCGCGCCGCGCCACCCCAUCAUCCUCCCCUCCCCUUCCUCCCCCCCCGGGGGGCUCCACGCGCCCGCCGGACGCCCCCGCUGGGCCCUCAGCCCCGCUCCCGCCCCCCCGGAACCAGGCGGCUCGGGGACGCGAGGCUGGAGGCCGCGCCGGCGGCACGGCUGAAGGGGAGAGAGGGGGCGCUUACCGUGUGUGA